CGCUCGCGGCGCCGCUAUAAAGCAGCGCGGGGCGCGGGCGCGGGGCAGCCGCUGCAGGGCACCCCCGGGCCGGGGGCCGCCGGGACACGGCUCCCUCCAUCCCUCCGUCCGUCCGUCCAUCCCUCCGUCCGUCCAUCCCUCCGUCCGCCCGUCCCUCCGCCCGGCCGCCGGAGCCCGGCGCGAUGGCGCGGCCGCAGCUGUCGGGGGGCGCCUGGGGGGCCCUGGUGCUGCUGGGGCUGAUGCUGCCGGCGGCGCCGGCCGGAGCCUGGUACAAGCACGUCGCCAGCCCCCGGUACCACACGGUGGGCCGCGCCUCGGGGCUGCUCAUGGGCGUCCGCCGCUCCCCCUACCUCUGGCGCCGGGAGCUGGCGGCGGAGCCCCCCCGCCGCCCCGGGGGGGCCGCGGACACCGCCCCCGCGCCGCCCCCGGGCCGCCCCGCCGGGGGGGCCCCGCCGCCCGCGCCGCCGCCGCCCGCACCCGGCCGCCUGCUGCAGCGUCUCCUGCGGGGGGGCUGGGGCUGGGGCGGGAGGCCCCCGCCGGCCCCCGCCCGGCCCCCGCCCGGCGCCCGCCGAGCUCAGCAUCUCCCGGCUGAAGAUGUAGCUCUGGUCCGCCGAAGCGUCCCGGCGGAGAUGCUGGAGGAGCUGGAGGAGCAAGGACUGCCCGGCGUGGAGACUGUUUACCGGCGCUGAUGAGGAGGAGUUUCAUCGGUGGUUCUCUUGAUUUUUCUGACCUCUUUGAAACCAUAUAGACAAUUGCAUUAAAAAAAAAUCUGAUUUUUUCCUACCGGCUGCUCAGACACAGUGGUAACUUCAUAUUGUUUUCAGGUCAACCUAGUGCUAUGAACUUGGGGAGAAACAAACAGGGAAGAUAUUUAUUUUGUUUAUUUUUUUUAGAUUUCUGUACUAGCUUCUUUGCAAUAUAAUAAAAAUAUGUACUGUUUGCUUCCUAGGAACCUGCACUCAUUAAAAUGAGACUCGAUCAAAGGAAA